AUGUCCACUUACUAUGGCAUCCAGGGGGGUCAACAUCAACUGAGCCAACAGACUCGUAGCAAGACAGCAAAACCAGCAGAGACACAGACAAACAGACCUGGAAAGACAACCUGGAAAGACAGACAUGGAAAGACAACCUGGAAAGACAACCUGGAAAGACAUACCGGGAAAGACAACCGGGAAAGACAGACCGGGAAAGACAACCUGGAAAGACAACCUGGACGACCAGACCGGGAAAGACAACCUGGAAAGACAGACCUAGAAAGACAGACCGGGAAAGACAACCUGGAAGAGACCAAAGAACCGGGAAAGGAAACCCAGCCUGGAAGACAAAGACCUAAAGAAAAGAACCAAAGAUCCGGGAAAGACCAACCUGGAGAAGACCCUGGAAGAACGGACCGGGAAAGAGAACCAAACCUGGAAAGGACCGACCUGGAAAGACCAAGACAACCUGGAAAGACAGACCGGGAAAGACAACCUGGAAAGACAACCUGGAAAGACAGACCGGGAAAGACAACCUGGAAAGACUGGAAAGACAAGACCGGUAAAGAAGACAAAGACAACCGGAAAGAGACAACUGGAAAGACAGACCUGGAAAGACAGACCGGGAAAGACAUCCUGGAAAGACAACCUGGAAAGACAGACCGGAUCCUUGUAAGGGUUCUCAUCACGGACGGCAUGCCCCUUUUUAUCCCGGGCAAUGCUGGGUACAACAACCUUUUUAGGCUUAGACCUUUCCUAACACUCCAACAAGAAAAACAGCAGCAACAAGAACAACAACCAGAACAACAGCAACAACGACAAAAUGGUGUAGCCAUGGGCUCUCCUUUGGGUCUGACAUUUGCUAACAUCUUCAUGUCCUCCCUGGAGGAGCGCAUGCUUGAUGAUUGUCCUCUCAGGUUUCACCCUAUUUUUUACGCUCACCCUACCCUACCCCCACCUUCACCCCAACGUCACCCCAUUCCCACCUUCAACCCAGCUACCCUACCGCCACCUCGCCCCCACGUCACCUCACCCCAUCCCGAAAACCGAAUGAGUCCUCUCAAAGCCUCUUCCCCAACACCCACCUCACCCCAUCCCAACCCCUCCCCUUCACCCCAUGGUCACCCUACCUACCCUUACCUCACCACGUCACCUCACCUCACCCCACCACAUCACUACAUGUCACACCACCUCACCCCGCCCUCACCUCACCUCACCCCCACCCCAUCCUAA